GCGAUCAGAAAGUCUCUGCCUGUUUUAUGAAUCUGAAUCCCUUUCUCCAAAAAAUUAAGAGAACGCAAGAGAUCGAGCAUUAGGUUCGGUUUCUCGGGAACUGCAAAAGAAUGGCUCUGCAGUGCUCCCCAUCUACCCGUUUUCUCCCUAUUAAGGGAGCAUAAGAAGGUCCGCUCGCCUCUCCCACCCACCCCGAUCAGGGAGCGCCGGGCUGAAGAAUCAGCGAGGGACGCGGCCGCUUUGCUGUGAAACGGCUCCUUUCUUUUCCGCCGCAGUUUCCGACCGAAUCUUUUUUGCUGAGGGACGCCGCCGCGGAGGGGUCUCUAGGCGCACCGGCGAAGUCGCGAACGAGGCCGAGCCGGGGAAGGCGGACUGAUUGGGGGGGUGACAUGGCGGCCCCUGAGAGGAAACUGCCCAGGGCUAUACUUGGCCAUGGAGACUAUGAUUCUGAUUUUAGCGAUGAUGAAACAGUGGAGAAAUCUUGCCAGCAGAAAAAUAGCGAAGAUGCAAUUCUCAAAAAGCCCUUCCAGAAGGAGAAGCAGGACAAAGUGGCCCACAGACAGGUGGCAAUGGAUGAGUGGGACAGGGAAGAAGCCAGAAAUAGACGGUUCCAUUUAAUAGCAAUGGAUGCCUAUGCAAGACAUAAGAAGUUUGUAAAUGAUUACAUUUUAUACUACGGUGGUAAGAAAGAAGACUUCAGACGUUCAGGAGAAAACGAUAAAACUGACCUUGAUGUUAUAAGGGAGAACCACAGGUUCUUGUGGAGAGAAGAGGAUGAAGUUGAUAUGAGCUGGGAGAAGAGGCUGAGCAAGAAAUACUAUGAUAAAUUAUUCAAAGAAUACUGUAUAGCAGAUCUGAGAAACUACAAAGAGAACAAGUUUGGAUUUAGAUGGAGACACGAGCAAGAAGUUGUCUCGGGAAAAGGGCAGUUUUCUUGUGGAAGCAAACACUGUGAUGAAAAAGAAGGCUUAAAGAGCUGGGAGGUGAAUUUUGGUUAUAUUGAACAUGGGCAAAAGAAAAAUGCACUUGUUAAAUUAAGACUCUGUCCGGAAUGCUCUUUCAAAUUAAAUUUUCAUCACAGGAAAAGGGAGGUCAAACCAGGAAAGAAGCAAAACAGUACAGAACAAAGCUCGGAAAUUUUAAAGGGUAAAAAGUCAAGAGCAUCUUCACCACACGGGCACAAAGCAAAGAAAAAAAAGGUCCAUGAAGGUCCAGGGUCAUUGGAAGAAUCGAACAAAAAUGGUGAAGACUCAGAUGGUGAUGAUCAGGAAGAUGGUCCCUCCGAGGCAGAUUUCUGGAGGGGUCCACCAAAGGAUGCAGAAGAAAAAACAAGGGAAGAAGAAUUUGAUGAAUACUUUCAAGACUUGUUUCUCUGAAAUGAGAUCUCCAAAUCUGAAAUUUGUUUCUUCAUGUUCCUCAAAAUCUGUAAAUAAAAAACAGGUUUUCACAUUUCAUUCACAAUAUGUUUUUUAAAAUAUGUUUUUUAAAAUAUAUAUGUUUUUACUUGAAUAGGAAACAGGAAUUAUCCUGUGUCUCUUUCACAUCGACCCGUAAGUGUCAGUUUAAAUUAAAACUUUGGGUAGGAGUUUUUAUUUUUAAUCAUGCCAAGUUUUAAAAAUGAUUAUCAGUUGUAAUUCAGAGUUUCAGUAAGAUUCAGUAUUACUGAUGAUGAAAAAAGGAUCAGUUUAGAGAAGCUGAUGUUAGCUAAAAAGGUAAAAGGAUGAUCUGAAGCUUAGUAAAGAACCAGAAAUUGAAAUCCAGUCAUUAAUAAAUACAGUCAGCAUUUUUAACACAGAUGUAGAAAUGGAAAUUGGUUUAGAUAAAUCUACUACAGGGACAAUAAAUUGGGGUAAAAUCAUAAACAGAAAUAGAAUUGAAAUGCCAAAUGACCAAACCAUCAAGAAGGAAUAGGAUGAAACCUACAAGUAUCUAGGCAUUUUAUAUCUGAAUAAUAUCAAGCAUGGGCAAGUUAAAAAUGUGAAUAGUAAAGAAUGCAUGCAAAGAUUGAGAAAACUGCUAAAGACAGAAUUGAAUGGUGAAAACGCCAUCAAAGCCAUUAAUACCUGAGCCAUAGCUGUGAUGUGAUAACACUGCUGGAAUAAUUAACUAGACACCAACUGAAAUGGACAUUUGGGACUAAAUAACAAGAAAACUAAUGAAUAUUGACUAUAAAUUACUUCCUUAUAAAUUUUAUACCUUCUUCACAAAAAUAGAGGUGGAGGUUUAUUUCAAGGCAAACAAAUUGUCAUAGAAGAAAAAGCAUUCAUUGACUGAUUAUGUAAAAGACAACCAGGAACAAUGAUUGAUGCAAAUUAAAAAUAGGAACUUAUUGAACGUACAGGAAACAAAACAUGGAAUGUUGAAAUGAUGUAAUAAAAAUAAGCAGAAUGCCAUUACAUGAUUAAUUUCUACAAAAGAUCGAGGAGAAGUUGGAUAAAGAUAACACUUGGCAAUGGCUUACAGUUAGAACAUUUAUAAAAGUGUCUCCAGCCUUGAAUUCAACAGCUCAAGACAAAACUAUUUGAACUAAUUCAAUCAAAGCUAGAAAUGAAAAAUCAAGUGAUUUGAAGUGCAGAUUGUGCAAAGUAGCAGAAGAAACAGUAGAUCUUAUACUUGGCUUGUCUAAGAAGAUUAAUUAUAAAUAACGCUAUAAUAUUGUCACCAACCUGAUUGAUUUGCACUAUCUGUAAAAAUUAUCAAGUGCCAGUAAUGAAAAAUGGUAGGCUCAUAUAGUUGAAAAAGUAAUCAUAGAUAAACAGGUUAAAAUAUUGUGAAAUUUCUGAAUAAAAACGGAUACAGUCUUGACACUUAACACACAGAUUUAACUGGUUGAAAAGAAGAAAGUGUGGAUAAUUGUUGUGGCAAUACCAGGAGAUAGAAUAGAAAAUAAAGAAUUAGACAAGAACAAAAAAGAAUUGAGAACUACAAAUUGAAAUGGAAAAAUUACUGCAUAAACUAGCUGUGAUGGUCUCAGUGGCUAUCUGCACACUGGGUGUCAUAUCAAAAGUCUUAAAUAGAUUGAGAAAGAUUGAUUUUAAACCAUAGGUGUUUCUUCUAGGAAUGAUUGAUAAGAAAAAAAAGUGUAUUAUAUAACGUUGCACAUAUUAACAGCAGCCAGCAUUGCUCUGGCACAAUUGUGGAAACAGAUUAACUCACCACCGGAAGAAAUAGUAAUUAAAAAAAUCCUCGAAUGUGCUACAAUGAAUAAAAUGACAAUGGAGAUUAAAGAAAAAGAUGAUUCGGAUUACUACAAAAUGUGGAACAGAUUCUAUGUGUGGCUAGAAAACAGAAAUCGAAAUGAGUAAUAAGAAUGUAAAUUUUGACUAACUGAAAUUUAAGAGUAUUGAAUAUUGGUAAGGAUAAAAUACUGACUAUGUCAAUAUACAGGAAGUAAGUAUAUAUAACAAAAUUACAUAUAAAAAUGCUGAAUAUGGUUAUACAAGAAUAAGGGAUUAUUUAGAAAGACUGAAUUUAAUAGCAAGGAAACUGUCGAUGCAGAAAAUUGUAAUAUAUUAUAUAAUGUUAUAUUUGUUUUGUAUUUUGUAUUUUAAUGUUUGAUGUAUGUGUAUGUAUUUCCUUUUUUUCCCGGUUUUUGUCUUUUUUUAUUAUGUUUUUGGUUUUAAAAAUGUAAAAUACUCAGUAAAAAUUAUUUUUAAAAAAGUCUUAAAUAGCUUUUAGAAAAUAGGCACACUGCAAAUUUUCUUUCUGUGAAUUACAAAAGGCCACACUGCAUUAUGAUACCCUAGGUUUUGGGGAAGAACUCAGUGCAUAAGAAGGCCAAUACCAGCAAUUCCAGAAAUGGAAGCUGCAAUUUCAUGUUGUGAAUUAUAAUAACAAAAUAAGUAAGGAUAACAGAGUUGGACAGGACCUUAUAGAUCAUGUAGUCCAAACCCUUGCCCAAGCAGGAGACCCUACACCAUUUCUGACAUAUGGUAGUCCAGUCUCUUUUUGAAAGCUUCCAGUGAUGAAGCUCCCACAACUUCUGAAGGCAACUUCUGUUCCAUUGGUUGACUGUUCUCACUGUCAGAAAAUUUCUCCUUAUUUCCAGGUUGAAUCUCUCCUUCAACAGUUUCCAUUCAUUAUUCCUUAUCUGGCCUUCAGGUGCUUUGAACCCUUCCUCUCUGUGGCAGCCCCUCAAGUAUUGGAAGAUGGCUAUCAUGUCUCCCCUGGUCCUUCUCUUCACUAGACUAGCCAUGCCCACUUCCUGUAACCGUUCUUCAUAUGUUUUAGCCUGCAGUUCCCUAAUAAUAGUAAUAAACAAUCGUAGUUAGUUUCAUCAACCUUUUUAAAAAAAAUCUAUAAAUAAGUGUAUAAAUACCAGUACCUUUUUUUGCCAGUAUUCACCAUAUUUCCUGUUCACUUUUCUUCAGGUGAAUAUGCUUCUUUCUUUUGAUUGUUUCCUCUGGUUUCUCAGCCACUCUGUGUUGGCUAUCAUUGUACUGGCAGUCAUUGUACUUGAGUUUUCCAUUAAAGGGUGAUUAAUACUCCAGCAUUUCAGUCUUGAAGGCAAACCAGUGCUUCAUGGAAGGUUAGGGGACAAAUCACAUAGCCCCUGUUUGCAGUUCCUUGACACAACUGUUUCCUUCCUGGAAACUUUGGAAACCUUUCCAAGCAUAAACCUUGGAAACAUGUGACUUCCUGGAGAGAAUAGCAAAUUGAAGAUGUCUCGGCAAAAGUGGAGCUGACAACUGCAGCAAAAUCUAAGGGGUACUUUCCUUGAUGUGAAGCCCAUCUUUUGAAUGUUUCACACAGCCCUAGUAUCUUGAGCAAAGUGAGAUGAAGUGCUUUUAUUACACUUGAAAUCAACAUAGGGCACAUCUGUGAACAUAAAAUGGUAUUCAAAAGAAAGGUGACUAUCACUUUAAAAUGGAUGAAAUGCUCCCAGUUCGGACUGACUCGCGUGAUCCGGUAGCGAUGGCUGCUGCUGGUUCAGAAGACCGGUAGCAAAAAUCCCUGGCCCUGCCCCCCCCCCCCCCCGCUGAGCUGCACCAUCAGCAGAGGGUUUUUAAAAGAAGGUUUUGCUUCAGCCGAAACAUGCCUUUAAAAGUAAAAAAAAAAGCCUUUGAGGAUCCCGCCCCUCAGCUGAGAUUGGCAGAGCCUUUAAACUUAGAAAAAAAAAUUAAAGGCUACUCUGGGGAUCUCACUUGUGUUCCUCAUCAGCAAAACCUUAAAAAACAUGUUUUCUGUAGAAAACAUGUAGAAAACCUCCUUUUAAGAGAUUCUAAGGCACUAAGAUUACUGAUCAACCUCAUGGCUUUUUUUCCAGCCCGAAAGCCCCAGUUUCACUUUCAGCACCAGACAGAACUAAUCUAAAUUUAGCUAAUCUAUUUCAUCACUGAGUAACUAAUGCUGGCUGGCUUGGCUGGCUGAGGAACUCUGGGAUUUGAAGUCCACAAACCUUAAUAAUAAAAUAAAAUAUUUGUGCAGCUUUCUGAGAUUUGGUGUGUUUCUGUAGUGUUUCACUCUAACUACACAAAUACACAAAAUCUCAGAAAGCUGUAUGUGGUAUUUUGUGUAUGUGUGUGUGUGUGUCAGUUGUGUUGUGUUGUGUGUGUGUAAAGUGUGAAAGUUGGUUUUUGAGCUUUUUGUGGCUGUGAAGUGUGAAGUGCAGCUGCUUUUACAUUGUGUGUGAGUCAGUUGUGUUGUGUGUGUGUAAAGUAUGAAAGUUGGUUUUUGGUACCUCUUAUUAUUUUUUAUACUUUGUUUAUUAUUUUUAUUAUUUAUUGUUAUUGGCCACGCCCACCCAGCCAUCUGACCACCAAGCCACGCCCACCAAUUAAGCCACGCCCACAGAACCGGUAGGGAAAUUUUUUAGAUUUUACCCCUGCUUUAAAAGCUAACAGUUGAAUGUGCCAUCUAAUCAGAUUCCUGAUUCCAUCCUUCUUAUAUAAUGCAGAACGCGGAUGAAUGUUCAAAUAUCUCACUCCAUGCAGAGAAAACCACAGAUAACGUUGGCUAUUGAUGAGCUCUUAGCAGAUUAACAAGCCAGUAAAUGAUAUUUUAGUCCUAAGAAGGGAGUGAGGGUGAGAAAUAGACUUGAGAAUAACUUUGCUUUGAUUCUGUAUGGGGUAAGAAGGAGCAGAGAGAAACCCUGGCAAACGGUUGAUGUGUUAUAUACCCUACAAGAAGUAAAGUGGCAUUGCGGACUUUGUUUCCUCACCCAGAUUCUCAAAGGACUGACUCUCAAAGUGCUACUUAAAAUAAACUGCAUUUUUCACAGAUCAUGCAUACAGAAGUAAGGGUGAAGCAAGGCUAUACUAGGAUGUCCUCAAAUGGCAAAGAAAGGUAGUCUUCUUUGAGGGAUUCUUUACAUAAGAAGAUGGAUUUAAAGGUUAAUUCUAUGACACGUUGCAAGAUGGUAGUCAGAUCCAAUAAGCGGCAGCCUGUUUACAUCUAUCUAACUGGUCUCUCAAGAGCUUUACAAGAGCUAUUUGCAAUAGCUGCUCAUCCAAACCCUAUUAAACAUCUGUCUGUUUUGGAGGCUAACUUUUUGGUAGAACUUUGUAGUGUUUUUUUUACUACCUGUUCUGUGGGUGUGGCUUGGUUGGCGUGGCAGAGGAAGAAUACUGUAAAAUCUCCAUUCCCACCUCACUCCAGGGGAAGGAUACUGUAAAAUCUCUAUUCCCUCCCCACUCCAGGGGAAGGUUACUGGAAAAUCCCCAUUUCCUCCCAAUCAGCUGUGACUUGGGAGGCAGAGAAUAGAUGGGGGCGGGGCCAGUCAGAAUUUUUACUACCGAUUCUCCAAACUACUCAAAAUUUCCACUACCGGUUCUCCAGAAGUGGUCAGAACCUGCUGAAACCCACCUCUGAUCUGCACCUGCUGAUCUAAUUCAAUCAUGUAUGAGCAAAUAGCCUCUUGUAUCUAUAUUUUGUAAUGAAAAACGUGGAUAUUUGUAUCUUGGUUGCAUUUUAAUUCUACAUUAUACAGUUAUCUUGUCCCAGCCACCUAGAAUCAUUAGAUGAGGCAGCUUACAAAUAAAGGAAUGAACGAAUGAAAUAAGUAUAGAACUACAACAGCAACAAAUUAAUGGAACAGAAUUUGGUUACCCAUGGUCAUUAUCUUUAAAAUAUACAGGAAACAUUUAGCUGACCUUCAUGAAAGGGGGAAAUACUUCCAUCCUUAUUCUAAAGGACAUGUUCUAUAUUUCAAGAUAGAAAAACAAAAUGGCAGAACUUUUAGGUAUUACCUUGCUUGGGUAGUCUUAUCAUUUCUGUAAUCUUGUUUAUACUGGGAGACUUAUUACAGAGCCGAUCGUAGUGGAAUUUCUCUCCAUUGCCCUAAGUUGUCUUAAACUGUCUCUGAAAAUGAUCCAUCCAUUUAGAUUGGGUGAUGAAUUCAAUCAAUAUGGAGACAUAAAAAUCCGUUAUUGGAUUUCAUGGCCUUAGAUUUCACGAGCAGGCAGCUAAUAACGGUUAGCAGGUUUUCCCAUUCUUUUUAGUUUUGGGAAAGACAAAUCUACCAUUGAAAAACUUCCAGCUUGUACCAGUAAUUUUCCAUUUGGAUUGUUUUAAACACCCUUAAUGUGGAAAUAAUGUGUAGUUACUAUCAAAGAGACAAUUAUAUACAGUAGAUAUAAUUAUAAAAGAUUUAAUUCAUUUGCCUGAGUCAAUACAACAUUUGUAGGCUAAACUGAAAAAUCACCCAAAAUACUUUUAUGGCUUCUUUGCAGCAUCCCCCACUUACAUAACCAUGGUUUGCAAUGUUUUUUAACAGUUUCUGACAUUCCUUCCAGUUUUUGGCAAAAAUGCCGAUUGUGAAAAAUGGAUUCACUUAACAAUCACACUGUUAACAACCGCUGCGAAAAAAAUAUUGAAAAAUCAGGUCUGAUUGUGUGAUGCCUCGAUUUACGACUACAAUGACUUACAACCAUAAUUCGAGGCUCAAUGAUGGUCGUAAAUUGAACACUCUGUAUUAGAAUCCUUUUGCUGGAUUUAGAUAUAUUUUUUGAAGUAAGCCUCUUUCUAGCCAUAAGCUUAUGCCAAAAAUAGAACUUUCAAAAUGACAUGAGCUAUAACUUUAUUGGUAAUAGUAAAAGUAUAAGAACAUCAAUUAUUCCAGGGGAAUUAACUAAACAUAAUAUAAAACUUACUUCUGUGCAUUAAUAAUUACAGUGCUACAAUUACAUUGCUCUGUAUUGUGCAAUACAGAAUUUUUAUCAUAUGAAAUUAAGUGAAAGUUGUGUAAAAUUAUAGUUUCCUGAAAGUUCACAGGGUUUAAUAUAUUAAAUAAAGACUGUUAAUUGAGAAUAGACCAUAAUCACUUUGGACAAAGUAAUCUCAGGUUAUCCAUUUCUUUAAAAUGUUCCACUUUCCUUUGCUGGAAAUGUUCCACUUCCAUUGUAGAUGAAUAAAGACUGAACAGUUUAUGCUCCAUUAGAUUGACAGAAAUCCUUGACCUCACGGAAAAUGUUGAUAGAUUUCUUGAUUUUAGUAGAAAUCCUCUUGUAUUUAAUUAUAAAAUUACACAUGUUUUUGAUUUGCCAUCUGCUGAUUCUGCAUUUCCAUCAUCUUCUAAUAAAAUGCAAAAAAAAUAGGCAUAAAUAUGCAGGCAUUUUAAUUUUUGAAAUGGCUUAUUGGUAUCUACCUUAGCAUCAGAAAGAAUCAUUUAUCAUUUGAAAGUUCAACCCAUUUUCACUUCUGACAACAUUGAAUGCACUCUGGUGCAAUUUUUCCACUGUAACCAAUGGUUAAUUAUCAGAUGUAUAAAACAUAAUGCAACAUGUCUCAACGGACAUUUUGGAACAUAAAAGUAAGUGAUAGGACAAUAUAAUCCUAUUUAGUACUUGACCAAUAUAAGCUUUUCUCUUAGUUGAUUUGAAAUGAUUACACCAGAUUGUAUUUGUUAUGAUUUUUUUUCAUGAUAAAUAGUUCUUUUCUGAUUUACUUACAUUAGCAUUACCAACAUUACAAUUAAACUUAAAUUUGAAAACUGGGGAUCACCAUGUUACUAUGUUAUUUUUGUUCCUUUUCAUCUGUAUGGAAACUUGAUCCAUGACCUACCUGCUGAAAUGCUGAAGUAUAAUUAACAGUAUAAUUUUCACUUGAAUUUUGAGGUGCUUUACUUAUCUAUUUUUCUCCCAAACUUCCUGUUGUAAUGGUCCAUUCAGCUGUAUUUUAUUUAUUUUUAAAGAGUAUGCAUUGCAGAACAUAAUUACAUUAAUAGCAAGAAGCACUACAUUACUGGUUUCCUCCUAUUUGGGCCUUAUCAGGUGUGGGUAGCCUAUGGUUAUUCUGUGGGGUUCAAACCAACAACCAGAAAAUAAACCUUUGUACUUUAGAUAACUAACGUAUAUACGGGGCAUUAACUUUAGCAGCUGCAUAGAACCUGCUGCUCAGUGGUUGAAGGACGGAAUAUGUAGUAUGGAAGCUAUCAAAAUAGUACUUAUAGUACAUAUCAGCCUUUCUCAGAAAGAUUGUUAGAUGUUCCACAAAAAUGGGGGAGGAGGAUUUGAUGGUGAGCCCUGGACAAUGCUAGUGUUGAAUUUCUAUAUUCUUUGUUUCUUGUAUCCUUACGAUUUAUAUUUAUAUUGAUUGUUUCCUGGUUGCUUAUUUGUACCCUAUGACUAUCAUUAAGUGUUGUUCCUUAAAAUUCUUGAUGAACGUAUCUUUUCUUUUAUGUACCAUGAGAGCAUAUGCACCAAGAUAUAUUCCUUGUGUGUCCAAUCACACUUGGCCAAUAAAAAAAAAAUUCUGUUCUA